CGCCCGCCUGCUGGAUCUGGUGCCGGCUGCCUCAGACCAGGAACAUGCUGCAAAAACCCAGGAGCCGGCCCCGCUCUAGCGCCCAGUCGGAGAAGGACAGAGACCGUGGCCGGGACGGGGACGCCCGGGGCCCCAGAGGCCACGUCGCUGAGGAGGCCCCGAGCACGUCCCGCGGGCCGGGUGGCUCACAGGAGACCCCCGGCGCCUCCUCUCAGGGCGCCCGCCGGGCCCAGGCCUCCCCCUCCGUGGGGCCCAGGACCCAGAAGCAGCUGGAGCUGAAGGUGGCCGAGCUGGUGCAGUUUCUGCUGGUUAAGGACCAGAAGAAGAUUCCGAUCAAGCGGACCGACAUCCUGAAGCACGUCGUUGGUGACUACAAGGACAUCUUCCCGGACCUUCUCAAACUCGCUUCCGAGCGCCUCCAGUACGUCUUCGGGUACAAGCUGGUGGAACUGGAGCCCAAGAGCAACACCUACAUCCUGGUCAACACCCUGGAACCGGUGGAGGAGGACGCUGAGGUGAGAGGCGAUCAAGGGACGCCCACCACCGGCCUCCUCAUGAUCGUUUUGGGGCUCAUCUUUAUGAAGGGUAACACCAUUAAAGAGACCGAAGUCUGGGACUUCCUGCGGCGGUUAGGGGUGUACCCCACCAAGAAACAUUUGAUAUUUGGGGACCCAAAAAAACUGAUUACGGAAGACUUUGUGAAGCAGCGUUACCUGGAAUACCGGCGGAUUCCCCACACGGAUCCCGUGGACUACGAAUUCCAGUGGGGCCCGCGAACCCAUCUGGAAACCAGCAAGAUGAAAGUUCUUAAGUUUGUGGCCAAAGUCCACAAUCAAGACCCCAAGGACUGGCCGGCGCAGUAUUGUGAGGCUUUGGCAGAUGAGGAGAAUAGGGCCAGACCUGAGCCUAGUGGCCCAGCUCCAUCCUCAUGAAAUCUGAGAUGGAGUCAGAGGGACUCUUGGGACCGGGGUCUGAGACCCAAAAGCACAAUGCUUAAAGGAUUGGGGAAGGAGGUCAAAGGAGCAUAUUUCUCCGGUGCUUAAAUUCCUGUAGCUUUAAGAUGUGUUUACAAAGCUUUUUUUCUUUUAACAUUGUGGUGUUUUCAGUUCCAAGAUUUUGUUUACAGAUUAGUGGAUCACUUACUAUGUUUGACUUUUUUGGUGUAAAACUUUGUUAGCUUAGUCAAACGAAUUGGAAAACUACUGUGAUGUGGAACAGUUAAUGUAAGAAAGAACACAUAAGUGCCAAGAAUAUAAAGGCAAAGUAGCUAUUACCUGUCUCUUAGCUACCUUAGUUGUAAAGAAAAAUAAAAGUCUUUAUAAAAUUAAGAAUAAAAA